AUGUUUAGAAGCAUUAUUAGUCGUCAAAGAAUCUUUAUUCCUCGUCGAUUUAUAUCAUCAACUAUCCAAAAGGGGAAACCUACGUUAGCCGCUGGUGGUUCCAUUGCAUCUUCAUAUCCAGAUGAUUUUAGACUUCCAAAACCUAAAACUUGGGAAGAUACAGGUGAAUCUGCAUUAGAUAAAGCUACAAAAUGGUUUUUAUUUGCUGAAGUUUUCCGUGGGAUGUAUGUUGUUUUAGAAAACUAUUUCAGAGCUCCAUAUACUAUUUAUUAUCCUUUUGAAAAAGGUCCAGUAUCUCCAAGAUUCAGAGGUGAACAUGCUUUAAGAAGAUAUCCAUCUGGUGAAGAACGUUGUAUUGCAUGUAAAUUAUGUGAAGCCAUUUGUCCAGCUCAAGCAAUCACUAUUGAAGCAGAAGAAAGAAUGGAUGGUUCUCGUCGUACUUAUAAAUAUGACAUUGAUAUGACUAAAUGUAUUUAUUGUGGUUUAUGUCAAGAAUCUUGUCCAGUUGAUGCAAUUGUUGAGACACCAAAUGUUGAAUACUCAACAGAAACAAGAGAAGAAUUAUUAUACAACAAGGAAAAACUAUUAUCUAAUGGUGAUAAAUGGGAACAAGAAAUCCAAUAUUGUUUGGAUUAUGAUACACCAUAUAGAUGA